AUGGCAGAGCAUUGGAAGUCAGCCCCCAGAUACUGGUGCAAACAAUGCAAGAUUUUCAUCCGAGAUACAGCAUUCGAAAAAACCCAACAUGAAGCAACGGGCAAACACCAAGGAAACCUGAAGCGAUUCCUCCGGGACAUUCACCGAGACAACGAGCGUCAACAGCGGGAAACCCAGAGGGCCAAGAAUGAGGUUGAACGACUAAGACAAACUGUCUCCGGCAACGCUACUGGAAAAAGCGGCAAUGCAGCUUCCUGGCAACCAGCCGCGCCAGUUCCCCAAGCGCCACCACGGCCAGUUUCCCUGGACGAGAGAAAAAAACAGAUGGCGCAAUUGGCGGAGAUGGGUGUUGCGAUUCCGAACGAGUAUCGUGGCGAUAUGGCCCUGGCCGGGGAGUGGCAGACGGUUUCCCAGAAAGUGAUUGGCGCGGAUGGAGAGAAGACGGGUUCUUCGCUUGGGGUUCGCAAGCGCAAGCAUGAGGGGGAUGAGGAAGAGGAGGAGGCUAAACGGGAGGCGGAAAGGUUUGUUAGCAAGGGUUGGGGGUCGAGGACUCGGGAGUAUCCCGGUGCGCAAGACGAUACGGAUUUGGAUGCCCUUCUGGAGUCUACGAAGGAUGUCAAGAAAGCGAAAUCUUCGGCUUCUGAGACGACCCGGAGGGAGAAUGAUCAGGAGGUUGCUGAUGUUCCGGCUAAGGGCGAGGGUGACUCUGCAGCUGCAGAUUCUGAGCAGACGCCGCAAACUGAAAAGGAACCGUCUGAAGCUGCUGGUGCGCCUCCUGCGCCUGUGGUUAAGAGCGAACCAGAGGAAGCCAGUACGGGCGUCGUUUUCAAGAAGCGCAAGCCAAAGGUUAUGAGAAAAUAG